CAGAAUCGAGAUGGAGAUUCGAUGCUGACGACAGGUGGACCAGCUCCACGGACAGAAGCAGGGCGUAGCGGUGAAGUGGACACGCCAGUUCUAAGGAACCCUUUCUUGGACAGGAUAACAUUGAACAAACUCGGCCUAUACCCUCAGCAGUAUCCGGAUUUUCUGAAGGAUGAAACCAUUCGAAGUCGAAUUCUGGACAUUGAAUCAAAAUCUAACGACACCGUUGUGCAUCUGGUCAGGACCGUGGCGACGCUGGAACGCUGGAUGUGGUACAAGUACGACGAAUGUCGCCGGAUUGAAGACCUUCCAGCAAAGACUCUGGACAAAUACUUAGAGGAGUUUUAUCCACUCUUGAGGAAACCAAGCGGUGAAGACUACACCCCUGAUGCCUUCUCUAAUUUCCGUUACUACGUUGAACGGUUUCUUAAGAUGCACAAAUACCCACAUUCUGUGUCAAAGUCCCACGCGUUUCUCAAAAGCUCGCUAUCAUUUAGACGUGCAAGAAAGGCUAUAGCUCUUAGGCGUGAACAACGCAAUGCGAAAGCUCAAAAGUUCUAGCCGAUAAGGCAGAGUCUGUGCUUUGUGCAUCUAUCAACAUUCCACAAGGAGCACGAGCGACGUGAUUAACGACUCAUCAUCCUGUCGAAACGUAUCUGACUCCACAGCGUAGAAUAGUUGUCUGUUUGAGCUUGUGUUAUAUCUUGGUGCAAAAUAA